AUGAUAUUUAAUAAAAGUGUUUGUCUUAAAUGUCGACGUUUUGUUGUUAUUAAACAUACAAAUAUUUUAUCAUGCUCCACGUCAUCUGUAUUGAUAGAUUUAGUGACUUGUGGUGAUGAAGAUAAUGCUUGUUAUGUAUUUUCUGCAAAUACAAAUAAAACAUCAGGUGCAUAUGGUGCUAUGUUUAAAGGUAAUUAUUAA